GUCAGGAGCUAGCUUUUCAUUGGCCCUAAAUUGCUCCAUAAACGGCCAAUAAAAUCAAGAGUCGUUGUUGUUACGUAGCUAUUACUGACAAAGCAAGGUCCCUACUUGGACCAAUAGAAAUGAAAUACUUUUGGAGCCCUAAUUUGCAUAAGGUGGUUAUAAAACGAUCUGGCCCGCCCAUUCUCAACUUUUUUUUUUACUCCUUCUUGAACAGUAUUGUGUUUAACAAUGCCUGAGCCGGCCAAAUCUGCUCCCGCUCCCAAAAAAGGCUCCAAAAAAGCUGUCACCAAGGCCCAGAAAAAGGACGGCAAAAAACGCAAGCGCAGCCGCAAGGAGAGCUACUCCAUCUACGUGUACAAGGUGCUGAAGCAGGUCCACCCCGACACCGGCAUCUCGUCCAAGGCCAUGGGCAUCAUGAACUCCUUCGUCAACGACAUCUUCGAGCGCAUCGCCGGCGAAGCGUCCCGCCUGGCGCAUUACAACAAGCGCUCGACCAUCACGUCCCGGGAGAUCCAGACGGCCGUGCGCCUGCUGCUGCCCGGCGAGCUGGCCAAGCACGCCGUGUCCGAGGGCACCAAGGCCGUCACCAAGUACACCAGCUCCAAGUGAGCCCCUCCCGGGACCCGGCCUUCACGCCGUCUCCGGCCUCUGCUCCAAAGGCUCUUUUCAGAGCCACCCACCUAAUCACAAGAAAAAGAGCUUUAUUUACUUAACUUGCUCUCUCACAGUCUUCUCACAAAGUAAGUUACUUC